AUGAUUGAAUAUAUUCAAAAUGGUAUAGAAUCAUGUUUAUUGAUAGAUGAUAUUGAUGAAGUUUUCAUUCACUUUUGUGCAACACCCAACCCUGGAAAUCCACCAUUGAUUCCUAAUUCAACUCCAAUUUUAGGUUUAUAUCAUCAACCAAUCGGUGUAAACUCCAUCUCCUAUCAUUGGAAUAACUUUCAAAUGAACCAAGGUUUCUUCCCACAAGUUAUAAUUCCAUUACCUGGUAUAAUAAUAAUAAUAAUAAUAACAAUAAUAAUAAUAAUAAUAAUAAUAAUAAUAAUAAUAAUAAUAAUAAUAAUAAUAAUAAUAAUAAUAAUAAUAAUAAUAAUAAUAAUAAUAAUAAUAAUAAUAAUAAUAAUAAUAAAUAUAAUCAUAAUAAUAAUAAUAAAUAUAAUCAUAAUAAUAAUAAUUAUAAUAAUAAUAAUAAUAAAAAAAAUAAAAAAAAUUAUAAACAAUAAAUAA